AUGUCACAAAAGACUGCCUUCUCAUCAAGUAUCUCGAAUGAAGUUGCCGUCGAGCGAUAUAAGCGUGUCUUCCAUAGAUUCGCAUCGAUUGAAAAGAACGGUGAAAAGUUCAUGACUAAGGAUGACUUUGUGAAUGCCAUCGCACCUGGUGAGGACUACAAGAGACUUCAGCGCUCACAGUACGGUGUCCUCUUCAAUGUCGCCGAUCAGUCCAAGAGCGGCAUCUUGUCGUUAUCAGAUUUUAUCGUUUUUGAGAACUUGUUGACACGUCCUGAUGCAGAAUACGAGAUCGCAUUCCGCCUCUUUGACACAAAAGGGUCAGGUACCAUCACGCGUGAGCAGUUUAAGCAAAUCUUAUCUGCCAACAUUGGACCCGAUGCCAUAGCUUUCGACUUUGAUUGUGAAUGGCUCAAGCUGUACACUGGAGGCAAAUCAGCCACGCAUGAGAUGCCCUAUAAGGAAUUUACACAGGUUCUGAAGGGUCUUCAGGCAGAGCGACUCCGUCAAGCCUUCAAAUACUAUGAUACCCAGGCCAUUGGCUACAUCACCCCUGACGAAUUCAGGCGCAUCAUAAUCGACAUCGCUGGACACAAGCUGUCGGAUCAUGUCCUCGAUAACUUACCUACGCUUGCUAAUGUUUAUGCUGGGAACAAGAUCUCAUUUGCAAACGUCAUGGCUUUUUACAACGUCAUUCGUGAAAUGGACAUGGUGGAGCGCAUCAUCCGCAAGGCUGUGUCAGAGAGCAAGGAUGGCACCAUCACUAAGGCUGACUUUUUAAACACCGCAGCUAAGGAAACUCGCUUUGCUUUAUUCACACCCAUGGAAGCCGACAUCAUCUUCCAUUUCGCUGGUCUUGAUAAUACCUCAGGCAAGUUGACUCUGCGUGACUUUUACCGUCUGCUAGAGUCCAAAUGGGAGCAUGCCGCCGCCCCUGUUGCUGUCCUUGCCGAACCUGAAGUGAAACAUGGCCGUAUCCAUGAUCUGCUGAAGGGAUCUUACGGUUUCUUGUUGGGAUCUAUCAGUGGUGCUGUUGGUGCCACUGUCGUUUAUCCUAUUGACCUUGUCAAGACUCGUAUGCAAAAUCAGCGUUCCAAGGUCGUUGGAGAGCUGUUGUACAAGAACAGUAUCGAUUGCUUUAAGAAGGUCAUAAAGAAUGAAGGCGUGCUUGGUCUCUACCGUGGUCUUGGUCCCCAGUUGGUUGGUGUUGCGCCAGAAAAAGCUAUCAAGUUGACCAUGAAUGACUUGGUCAGGAAACAUCUUACAGAUAAGGACGGCAACAUCACGUUCACCAGCGAGUUAAUUGCCGGUGGUGUUGCAGGAGGUUCUCAGGUGGUAUUCACUAAUCCUCUGGAGAUUGUCAAAAUUCGUCUCCAAGUGGCUGGUGAGGCUGCCAAGUCAAUGGAUAUCAAUGCCCCACGUCCUGGUGCCGUCCAAAUCGUUCGUAACCUAGGUAUUGUAGGUCUUUACAAGGGCGCAAGCGCGUGCUUGCUCCGUGAUAUCCCCUUCUCUGCUAUCUACUUCCCUGUCUAUGCUCAUUUAAAGAAGGACCUCUUCAAGGAAGGCCCAGAUCACCGCUUGACUAUCGGCGAGCUUCUUAUUGCUGGUGCUGUCGCUGGUAUGCCUGCGGCUUACUUCACUACCCCUGCAGAUGUGAUCAAGACUCGCCUGCAAGUUGAAGCAAAGAAAGGCCAGAGCACCUAUAACGGCAUCACUGAUGCUGCCCGUAAAAUCUACAGAGAAGAAGGCUUCCGUGCUUUCUUCAAAGGAGGCCCUGCUCGUAUCUUCCGCUCCUCACCUCAGUUCGGUACGACUUUAAUGGUCUAUGAAAUUCUCCAGCGUGCUUUCCCUUUCGAUGGUAAGCAGCCAGCUCUUAACAAAGAUCUUGCCCAAGCUGCUGCUCCUGGUGAGGACCUGAGCUAUCUUCAGUCCAAAAAUGCCCUCAAGAUUCUCCUGGAUGUCCACUACAAGUUCGGCAUUGUUCCCACCACGAACAUUAAGCUUCCCGGUGCCGCCGCCGCCAUCACUGGCACUGCAUAG